UACAAAAAUACAAAAUUAAGAAUCUACGCACGGCCACUCUGCCCUCCCUUCCGCUCGGCCGAAGAUCUCCGCCUGCUCUUGCCGACCUUUGCUGCAUCGCCGAAGAAAGCCACAACUCGGCGCUUCCACCAGCCUGACGCAGCCCCCAGGUAUUAGCUUAUUGUUGCGGUUGAUGCCUUGAUUUCAAGAAUAAGAGAAUUUUCUCUUUCAGGUUGGACACCUCUGAUUCUGGGAGAGAAGGACCGCAAACUAUUGGAAUCCAAUACUCCUCAGGUUGUAUAUGACCAUCACUUCUUUCUCAGAGCUAUGACGAUUUUAUGAGGGGUGCCACCUCCAGUUCUUCGGGCAGCCUGCGGGCUGCUCUCUCCUAUUGUGUGCAGCAAGUACGUAACUAUGACUACCAUCACUACCUGUGCCUUCUCGAACUUCCUCCAACCAUGAGAAAAGCUGCAUUUGCUCUCCGUGCAUUCAACAUAGAGACAUCCCGAGCUGUUGAUGUUUCCUCUGACACUAAAAUCGGUCUCAUGCGCCUUUUAUGGUGGCAAGAAGCUCUUGGUAGCCUCUACACCAACAAACCAGUCGAGCAUCCAGUAGCCCAAGCACUUGCUUCUGUUGUGGUUUCCGAAAAUAAUGGUGAAGAGAACAGAUCUAAAAUCAGCAAGAACUGGCUGAAGCGGUCUGUUGAAGCUCGGAUUAAAGAUGCUAGAAGGGAGCUGUCCGACUCCUCACCAACAACAACCGUUGCAGAGUUGGAGAGAUAUGCGGAAGACACUGCCUCAACCAUUCUAUAUUCCACCCUUCAAGCGGGUGGCAUUACAUCAACUGCAGCUGAUCACGCGGCAUCACAUAUCGGAAAGGCAAAUGGCCUUCUAUUGCUGCUAACAUCUUUACCUUAUCAUGCAAGAAGAAACCGACUAUCUUUAUAUGUUCCGUCUGAUGUGGCCAUUUCAGAUGCUGUGUAUGACAUGGCAUCAGUUGCCAAUGCACAUCUGGACAAAGCUCGUGAGUUGAGAGGAAGUGUGCCUGUUGAAGCUCGUCCAGUGCUUCUACCUGCAGUGUCUGCCCAGUUUAUGUUAGAAUCUUUAAGACGUGUGCAGUUUGAUGUGUUUGAUCCACGACUAAGGCGGGGGAUUUUAGGGGCCCCGCCUCUGCUAUUCCAAUUGAAACUGAAAUGGUAUUCAUGGAGAGGAAAAUACUGAGGUAUGCUAACACACUCUUAAUCAAGAGCCGCAUGGAAUGGAAGUUAAAGACUGAUAACUAUCCAAAAAGGGCUCAAACUUUAUUUGGUAUGGACAAAAUUGCUGGCUCAAGAUAAAGACCAAUUCACAUGUUUCAUUUUCAUGUUUCAAUAAUAGAUUUGACAAUAUUUAAGAAAAAGUAAACCCAACAGAAUUACUCCAAUUAUUUUAUUGCUUAGGUGUAAUUCGUAUAUUCUUCGCAGGCUGUUGUUUGUGGAUUAGUGUUUCCCCGACAAAAAAUGAAAUUUAUACAGUUUUGAGAAAUUGAUUCGUAUAGUUUCCUAUGGUUUCUAAGCAUUUACAUUUACAU